AUUUAUUUAUUUAUUUUCCUGCUAAUUAAUUGUAGUUGGGGGCGGAUCGGAAGCGCGUGGGCUGCGCGCGCGUUUAAAGCCGACAAGGUCGCGUUAUUCUGAAAGUCGCCUGAACAGGUGCACCUGCGCGCGCGCUCUUCUGCACUGAGAGAAGCUUCCGCAUCAUCCAGUUCUAACCUCCUGAAACAUGGCAUAUUCUCCAGUCAGUGAGACUGCAUCUUUAGAGGUCAUUGGUGGGAAAUUUGCCGGACUUCAGCAUAUACGCGAGAGAUUUGCCAAGAAGCACCAGCUGGUUGUUAAAUAUUCACAGGAAAAUGAAGCAAAAUUGAUUGUGCAGAAGGUGAAACAGGGGCAAAACAUCGUCCACAUAGCAUUCUGCUUUAAGUCCCAUGGUGGUUUGUAUUAUCCUUCAGUGGAGCAGCAGUCACAAUGUGUGGAGGUAUUGGGGCCAAGAGAUGAGCCAUUUAAAGACAUCCCUGAGAGGGUGCUAUUUAAAUGGGAAACGAAUAAAGAGUAUGGAAGCCUGCACUCAGUGGCAGAACCGAGCCAAUAUCUUUCUGUUAAAAACUCGGUCAUCAGCAUCAGCACCACACCAGACCCUAGUUUUAGAAUCAAUCUAAACACCCAGGUUAAUAAAAGGAUUCCAGUCAGCUUUAAUCCAACAGUCCAAUUUAUGUGGAACCUCCAAUUUCUCCAGGAUUGGACAUCGGGAGCAUACUUGGAUCACUCCACAUCUGAUGAUGAUUCAGACAUGAAGAAAGACAGGAAAAUACCAUCAGUCUUCCAUCAGUUUGCCUAUACCAAGUAGCUCUGGUCACCUAUUAUCACAUAUCACCUUUUAUCCAGGAUCUGUAGUAAGCAAAAAUUAUAUUUAGCAAAUCAGUCUAAGAACAUAUACAUUCAAUCAAAUUCAUCCAUUAUCUGUAACCGUUUAUCCUGUACAGGGUUGCGAGCAAGCUGGAGCCUAUCCCAGCUGACUAUGGGCGAGAGGCAGGGUACACCUAGACAAGUCGCCAGGUCAUCACAGGGCUAACACAUAGACAAACAACCAUUCACACUCACAUUCACACCUACAGUCAAUUUAGAGCCACCAAUUAGCUUAACCUGCAUGUCUUUGGACUGUGGGGGAAACCGGAGCACCCGGAGGAAACCCACGCAGACACGGGGAGAACAUGCAAACUCCAGGCAGAAAGGCCCCCAUCAGCCACUGGGCUCAAACCCAGAACCUUCUUGUUGUGAGGUGACACUACACUACACCACUGUGCUGCCCUAUUCAAGCAAAAGCACUGUCCAAACAUUUUUAUUGGGGGCCAGAUGGAGGACAAAUCAGGCCACAGUCCUACUUGCUGCUGUAACAUUGCAUUUUAAUUCAAAUUAAUAGGUGAACUUUAAGUUGUUUUUUCCAGAUUACCCAAGAAAGAUUUUAUAGAUUUCACUCACUAGUUAUCUUACUUUAUCACAACAACUGGGUCCUAGCAAAGUAACCAGAUGUAUUUCUUUCAGAACUCAGAAAAAAAAUAUAUAAACAAGAGAUCCCUGAUUUGAUUCUGAGCUUGGGUGGAAUUUUGUAUGUUUCCUGGCGUUCACGUGGAUUUCCUCUGGGUUCCCCGAGGAACCCAGAGGAAAUCCACGCAGUAGAAUUAAGUUAAUUUGCGACGAGGUGUGAAUAUAUGUGAAUGGUGUCCUGAAAUGGAGUGGGGUCCCAUCCAGGGUGUGUUUCUGCCUGUUGUUGCCAUGUCGACCCAAAGGGUUUGUAAUUUAAUGUCGGCUUGUACAGAGGCUUGUAGGGGAGCACAGGGCACCUUGUGGAUGGCAAGCAUAGCUGAGCUCUUGUAUUCUAUUUCAAUGGAAAUGUUAAUCAUAACAUUUGGUGAUGUGUGUUAAUAAUAAUGCUGAUGAUAUAAAACACUAUGAGAUGGUUUGAUAAAGAAAUGCUUUCAAUACUAACUUUUCUUUCUUAUUUGUAAAUGCCACCCAGUUAAGUUUAGCCUGCUGGUUAUUUGAGGUGACAUAUAUCUUAAAAAAAUAUGUAAAACUGUUAGCAGAUAUGAAGUAAAUGCAUUUGUUGUUGUUAAAAUAAUUCCUAUUUUUUGUUCUAUUAGUGUGGUUAAAUGCUUAUAAACAACAGCAAAGGAUGCAUUGAUCUGAUAUGUAUUAAAAAUGUUUUAAUUUACG